CUCUCUUAACAAAAACAUAAGCCUUUCCCUCCUAUGACUCUUAUUCUGCCUCCUCUCACCCCCAAGGAAAUUCGUUUCUAGACCCAACCCAUCCAAAACCCUCAACCUCACGCUGGCAAAAGCCAUCGGCAGAGGUGUCGAUUGCAGAUCAGCCGCUGUCAAUUCCAAGAGCCACUCUCCAAUUCCUCGGCCUUUCCUUCUCCGCCGUCUAUAAACAAUAACCAGCCCGUCUUCGUCGACGAUGAGAAUAUGCCCUUGGAAGGUGCCAUUCAGUUCGACAAGCCCAGCUCCUCUGCUCGAAUCAGAAAAUGGGGGCACAUUACAUAAAAUCUAGGCGUUGCAAUACUGCCAAAGCUGUUCUUGCUUUAGAGUCUACAUAUAAAUGGGCUCUAAGCGGCACGCCCCUUCAGAAUCGUGUUGGAGAACUUUACUCAUUGGUCUGCUACUUGCAAUUAGUCCCAUACUCGUAUUACUUGUGUAAGGACUGUGACUGCAGAACUCUUGAUCAUAGUUUCACACUAAUUGUUACAGGGGUUUGAAUCUCUAAGCAGAUCUAUCUCUCCAACUCUCAAUUCCUCUCUAGGUAUAUUCAAUUCUCAAAACCCUCAUCUUCCAUAUAUACGUUCAAUUCACUUCAUGCCACUCUCUAUUUCCCUAAGCGUAUGAAAUGCAUCUCAGUUUUGUUUUCUGAACCUACAAAAAUCACAAGCUUCACUUAAAAAUCCAUGAUUGUAGUAUGUGUUGGGUUGGUUUUGUCUUAGGUUCGUCUGGGAAGAAGCAUUAGAUUGGUGAUAAAGUUAUUUGAGUUUAUAUUUGCAUCUUAGAUUUCAUUUGCUGUUUGUGAUUGAGAGUCUCAAGCUCUGCUUUGUGUUUGGGAUUAAUGGUCUUUAUCUCUCUAGAGCCUGGCCUAGAGAUAAUCAACACCUUGCACAAUGUUAACUACAUUUUUGUUUGUUUUCUGUAGUCAGGUUUGUCAAGAUGUUUACUUCAAGGAAGAAGAUUC